UUCAAACUUUGAUCCGUUUGAGGUAAUUUUCGACGAAAUUUUGGCACACAUUGGAAGGCAUCUCAGUAAUAACUAGACGAAUGUUGGUUUCCAAGUACUCAAGAAUUAAAGAUUUUUCCACACAAACACAAUUAUUUGCGACAAAAAAGAAAAGUCUAACGAUAUCUGCCAUUUGACAUUGUCAAGACGAGAGAUUAUGCGAUUGGGAAAAUUUCUCUCCCAAUAAGGCUUUAUUCGCCCGUGUUAUAUGGCUAAACAGAUUCUGUAUGAUAACCACAACGCUCCGAACUGAAGGUCCAAACUUACCUCCACACCGAAUAGCGUCUUAGAGAGGUGAAUGCGUGUGGGUGAAGCCACAAAAUGCUGUUGACAAUGAAUUUGCGGUGCCGUUCGGUGCGCGGGUCAUACGCACGGAGAAGACGCGUACCCUUAUUGCCAAUGAUGAGGGUAAGCAAUUUUGGGUGCCCGCAGAGGAUGUGCUCAAAUCGAUGCAUAUUACGUCACAGCAAGGUGUUGAUGAUAUGAUUACGUUGGGUGAUUUGCAGGAGUAUGCGAUAUUGAGGAACUUGGAGAUGCGCUAUGAGAAGCGGUUGAUUUAUACCUAUACCGGCUCCAUGCUGAUUGCCAUCAAUCCCUAUCAAACACUGCCCAUCUAUACAAAUCGAGAGGUCACGCAAUAUCGUGGCAAGAAGAUCAGCGAACUGCCGCCGCACAUAUUUGCGAUUAGUGACAAUGCCUUCCAGCAAUUGAAGCGCGAUCGCACAAACCAGUGCAUCGUGAUAAGCGGUGAGUCGGGCGCGGGUAAGACCGAGAGCACCAAGUUGAUACUGCAGUAUUUGGCCGCCAUUAGUGGUAAGCACUCUUGGAUCGAACAGCAGAUUAUAGAAGCGAAUCCCAUAUUGGAGGCAUUCGGCAAUGCGAAAACAGUGCGCAAUGACAACUCAUCACGCUUCGGCAAAUACAUAGAGAUACGCUUCACAGAUGCCGGCAAAAUACAGGGUGCUAAUAUCGAGCAAUAUUUACUGGAGAAAUCGCGCAUUGUCGCACAGUCGCGCGAUGAACGUAAUUACCACAUAUUCUACUGUAUGCUGGCGGGUUUGAGUAAACCGGAGUUGACGCGCUUGGAGUUGUUAGAGAAUUCUUCCACAAAAUAUCACUACCUGUCACAGGGUGGCUGCCUGCAGUUGGAUGGUAAAAAUGAUGCGAAAGAUUUUGCUGAUAUACGCGCUGCAAUGAAGGUGCUCUCCUUUGCGCCGGAAGAGGUUUGGUGUAUAUUUAGUCUGUUGGCGGCCAUUUUGCAUUUGGGAAAUAUGCAAUUUACAGCAACGGUGGUGCAGAACAUGGACGCUACCGAGGCUACUGAUGUUGUGAAUUUACAGCGUGUAGCUUUGCUUUUGGGCGUCUCGAAGAAGGCUUUAGCCACCGCGUUGACGCAAAAAACGAUCUACGUGCACGGCGAACGUGUUGUGACGAGUCUUUCACGCGAUAUGACUAUUGAGGGCCGAGAUGCAUUCGCAAAGUCUUUGUACGGCGCGAUUUUCAUACGAAUUGUUGAGCGCAUUAACAUGACAAUCGAUACGAAGGAAAAACUCUCUAAAGCGCUGAACACCAUUGGUGUGCUGGAUAUAUUCGGGUUUGAGAACUUCAGCGAUAAUAGCUUUGAGCAAUUGUGCAUUAAUUAUGCGAAUGAGAAUUUGCAGCAGUUCUUCGUGCGCCAUAUCUUCAAGAUGGAACAAGCAGAGUAUGAACAAGAGAGCAUUAAAUGGCAACACAUCGAUUUCAAAGAUAAUCAAGAGAUAUUGGACUUGAUUGGCAUGAAAUCAGUGAAUAUUAUGUCACUCAUUGAUGAGGAAUCCAAGUUUCCAAAAGGCACCGACAACACAUUACUGGAAAAGCUGCACGUACAACAUGGCAACCGUUCGAUUUAUGUGAAGCCCAAAUCCAAUCAGGCUGCACUCUUCGGCAUACGACAUUAUGCCGGCGUUGUGAUGUAUAACCCGAAUGGUUUCCUGGAGAAAAAUCGUGAUUCUUUCAGCAUGGAUUUGCGUGAAAUGAUAAGUAAAUCGAAAAAUAAAUUCCUAGUUGAUAUAUUCCCAUUGCAACUGCCCUACGAUACAAUGAAGAAACAGCUGACGCUCUCUGUAAAGUUCCGUAAUUCAUUGGAUCUACUCAUGCGCACGCUCUCGGCUGCCCAUCCCUUCUUUAUACGUUGCAUUAAGCCGAAUGAGCAUAAGAAACCAAACCUCUUCGAUCGUGAGCUUUGCGUACGCCAACUGCGUUACUCUGGUAUGAUGGAAACCGCACGUAUACGGCACGCAGGCUACCCCAUACGACACAGUUACAGAGAUUUCGUCGAACGGUAUUGCCUGCUGUUGCCGAAACUCGCUCCCAUACGCACACUCGACUGCCGCCAAGUGACCGAAGAUAUAUGCAAGCAAUUAUUAACCGCCACAGCUGAUUAUCAAUUCGGUCGUACAAAAGUUUUUCUUAAAGACGUAGACGAUACCUAUCUGGAGAAGGAACGCGCACGCAUUGUACUCAAAUCUAUUAUAGCCAUACAAAGGGGUUUCCGGAGAGUGCUGUUCCGACGACAGCUGUGCCGUUAUCGCGAAGCAGCGCUUACUAUACAGAAAGUGUGGCGCGGCUACAAACAGCGACGAGAUUUCCUUAUCGCACGUCAAGGUUUCCAUCGGCUGGGCGCUUGUAUUGCACAAAAGCAUCUUACACUUCAUUUCACACGACUACGCAGCUGCGUGACACACUUGCAGGCACACUGUCGAGGUUACUUGGCGCGACGUGCAUUUAAAAUGCGUCAACAGCGACAUAAAGAUUUGCAGGCGCUGCGUGCAAGCGAAGAGUUGCUCGUACGACAGGCUAAAGAGCAUCAGCAGGCCGAUCGUGAAAGACAGUCACGACUUGGCGCAAACGCAGCAGUGGUAGCGGCAGCAACUGCACCAAAACCACCACCACGCGCCGUCUCAACGCCGAAUCCCAUUGUGACGCAAGCGCAAAUACAUGUGCGCGAGCGGCCGAUGAAUAUGAUGAACGGCAUGAAUGGUGUGAACGGUGUGAAUGGCGGGAAUGGUGUGAAUGGCGUGAAUGGCGGGAAUGGUGUGAACGGCGUGAAUAGCAUGAAUGGUGUGAACGGUGUGAAUGACGUGAAUGGUGUACACAGCGUGAUAACGACGACGAAGAUAGAGCCAAAACAACCAGAAAAGCAGGAACCCACCGCAAAUGACGACAAUUACAUGGAUGAGGAGUCCUCCAAACAAAUUGUGGACGAUGUCUUUGGUUUCCUCGAUGAGGCGGAUGUGAGUUCACCACCAGUGGUUUCGAAUGUUCGCGCGAAGUCGUUGAUGUUCGAACGAGAAUUGCGUCUGAAAAAAGAUAUACCUAUAAAAUUAUUAUCGCGGCCGGUGAAUUACUAUGAGGCCCCACAACGGCAGGUUAUGAAUCAAAUGAGAUUAUAAAUUACUAUAGUUUGGUAGGUAUUAACGAAGGCAGCUGCAGCGACAGAAUGACAAAAACUUAUAUUUUUGUAAAUAUAAGUACCCCUGCAUUGGAAGGCCGAGCUUGUUUGAGUGUAUGAAAAUUCUAGUUGAUUACUAGUGGUGAGAGAUUGUUGCUGUCAUGCUGAGAUUCCAUUUCCGAAUCCCGUUGAAGGUGAACUAUUUCUUUGCUAUUUCUGCGUAUUAAAAUUUCAACAUACCUAAAGGGACUAGUAUUUAACUGGUAUGAAGCUAGUCUUUAAGCAGAAAAUGCCGCGUUAAAAACAACAAACGACAAAACGUGGGCAACUUAAGUAAAAUUUAUUAAAACAUGCACACAAGUAGCCACAUAAUUAAGUGCUAGACUCUCUGACUGUAGGGGUUGAAGUGCGUGCGCACGAAGUGGAAAACUGAAGUUUGUAAAAUAAAAAAUAUUUUUAUGUUCUUGUAAUUUUAGUAGUCGAUUUUAGAAAUUGUAUUUAUAAUUGCAUUAAAAAGCAACAAAUUUGUAUAAAUUAGUUAAUUUUAUUGCUUCAUAAAUGCUUAUGAAUUGUUUAAUUAUUUGUGUAGCAUUUAUUUUUAAAACAAAUUUAUUUGUCAAUCAUUUUUCAAUCCAUUAUUUGUACCAUACAUACACAUAUUCAGAUUUAAACUGCCUGUGUUAGGUCGAAUGUAUAUACAU